ACGCUUCUCUCCCGCUCGCACUAUUUCGGGAGGUCUAGAGAUUGUCUGGUAAGCUGGCAAUGGGCGCCACGCUUUUCCGCUCCAGGGACCCGGGUUUGGAAACCGCGGUUCGAAUUCACAAAUGGAUGUUGAAUUGCGUUCGCCUCUCCUAACUUCCAAUCGGGGUCGCUGACUCCAGCGAUUCAGAGCAGGUGAAACAAUCUGCUUGAGGUCGGACACCGUAGGUUCCAUGAGGGCAUUGUAGUAGUACUGGUUUCGUUGUGUUGAUGAGUCCUAGUGGAGUUGCAGUUGCAGAUUGUGAGUGCAGAUGGACGAGGAGGUCAAUCGAUCACCUGCUGUUUAUUGAUCCAAUUUGAAUCUAAUCAAAUAGGAAGCUUGUGUUGGGAAAAAAACCAGGAAGUUAGUGGCGAUGGUCUGUGUCUGGACGUGAGCUUAAUGUGCGCUGAAGGAAAGCGUGCAUGGUUAUCAGAAUCCCGACGGUAUCACCCCCCUAUGUCAUGGAACUACCAAUCCUGUGUGCCGAAGGAAUUUGGAACUGUGUUGUUGUCGACUUAGUGUCGGCGGAAUCCACGAGGUCAGACUGCGAUUGCUGUUAUUUCCAGGUGCAUGCGUUCGAAAUGGACCGUUAUCCAGCUCCCGCAAGUACAUUGUCGUCCUUGCAUUUAGUGUGUAGCUUAGCCCACUACGCAUGUAAAGCGAUCUCCUGGUGAUUGUGACCCCAAGCUGCAAUUGAAGGAUAUGUUUUUGAUAGAGAAGCCAGACAAAGAAGGCGGAUGUUAAAUUUAGCCCCAAGAAUCUCCUCCUUCGAAGCAGCAACUUGUCUUCUGCACGUGUAGACUUUCCAGGAUGAUAUACCAUUCUGACGCAGCGUUGUGAAGGAGCUUUGCUCCUGUUAAGAAAUGUGUAAGAGGAGGCAUGAGCGGGAGUCGAGGAUGGCCAGGAUGGCAACCGCCUUGAUGGUGGUGCUGAGUGUUGUUUCAGUGGCAGGGCAAAACUUAGAAGCUGACAGAAGAGCGCUACUCACGUUCAGCGAAUAUCAUGAUCCAAGAUGGACGAAAUUAAAGUGGAUCAACACGACCUCACCUUGCAACUGGUUUGGCAUAACCUGCACUGGGGAUAGGGUCACAGGAUUUCGAUUGCCGGGCAAAGGGCUCAAAGGGAUCAUACCACCGGGGAGUUUGAGCAUGCUACCUAAACUUGAGGUUGUGAGCUUGCGGGGCAACAGAUUGUCGGAGUUGUUUCCUGGAGCGGAGCUAGGAAAUUGCAAGAAUUUGAGGGAAUUGUACCUUGCGGGGAACGACUUCUAUGGAUCUCUUCCAAAUGUGGCGGAGUUGUGGCCACGACUAACUCAUUUGAGCUUGGAGUUUAACAGGUUGAAUGGAAGCAUUCCAGAGUCUGUAGGGCUGCUUUCCGAUCUCUACUUGCUGAGUCUCCGCGGCAACUCGUUCUCUGGUAGAAUUCCAGUCUUGAAGCUGGCGAACCUGACCGUGUUUGAUGUUGCAAAUAACAAUUUGUCUGGAGCUGUACCACCAACCCUGUCAAGAUUCCCAGCAGAUUCCUACGUUGGCAAUGCCGGCUUAUGCGGUCCACCUCUUGCAUCCCCAUGUCUAGUAGCUCCUGAAGGAACUGCAAAGUCGUCGAGUGAAAAGAAGCUGUCGGCAGGUGCAAUCUCGGGUAUUGUUUUAGGAGGAGUCGCAUUUCUGAUCCUUAGCCUCAUAGGACUCGUCUUCUGUCUCUGCAUUAGAAGUAAUGUGCAUGAUUCUUCUUCAGAACCCGAAGUAUGUGAGAUUUCGCAUGCUACAAUCCCUGACAUUUCCCGUGACAAGCCGCGCGAGAAGGGAGGUGCGGACUGUGGUGUAGAAUUUGCUGUUUCAACGACAGUGGAGCAAGGGGUGAAUAAAUUAGUAUCCUUCUCCUUGCUUUCAUUUGAUCUGGAGGAUUUGUUGAGGGCCUCGGCCGAGGUGCUGGGGAAGGGGAGUGCUGGAACAGCUUACAAGGCCGUUUUGGAGGAUGGGACGGUUGUGACGGUCAAAAGGUUAAGGGAUGUGAUCACGAACAAGAAAGAUUUUGAGUCUCUGAUCCAGGUUGUAGGAAAGCUUCAGCACCGAAAUUUGGUGCCCCUUCGCGCUUAUUACUUCUCCAAGGAUGAGAAGCUCCUGGUUUCUGACUACCUGCCGAUGGGCAGCCUCUCUUCCCUUCUUCACAACGACCGAGGCAAGAAUCGCACACCAGUGGAUUGGCUCACCAGGGUAAGGAUCGCAAUAGGAGCUGCGAAAGGAUUAGCGUAUCUGCACGCACAAGGAGGACCCAGGUUUGUGCACGGGAACAUCAAGUCCUCCAACAUUCUACUCAACAGAGACCUAGAGGCUUGCAUCGCUGAUUUUGGACUAGCGCAAUUGCUGAGCUCUUCCCCCGCUGCUUCAAAACUUGAUGGGUACCGAGCACCUGAGGUCGGCACAACUCGCAAAGUGACACAGAAUUCUGAUAUCUACAGCUUUGGAGUGCUACUCCUGGAACUUCUGACAGGAAAAGCACCCGCACAAACGAUUUCCAACAAUGAAAUCAUCGACCUGCCAAAGUGGGUGCAGUCCAUCGUCCGUGUAGAAUGGACAGCCGAAGUGUUUGACGUAGAGCUCAUGCGUUAUCAGAACAUUGAGGGUGAACUGGUGGCCAUGCUUCAGAUUGCAAUGAAAUGCGCGGACCCAGUACCUGAAAAUCGACCAAAGAUGCAGAGCGUGCUACCCCUGCUUGAGGAUGUGCACCCAUUCUUCAUAGAGAACGGUGCCGAGCCGUCUCGACAAUCUGAAACCAUGUCGGGGGAGAUCAUCAGGGGCAGUGAUGACGACUCGAAGAAGAGUUCUCCAUCCCACCCUAGCACUCCUUGAGCUCCUAAGAGUUCUUUGACUCAGCCCGUGCUUUGAUCCUGUUCCACAUAUUCAUGGAUUUUUAGGUGAGAUUUGUGUUGCCGUCAUCACCUUUUCUUGGUUCUCACUGUAAGAUUGAUUGAUUGAUUUUAGCAUCCAUUCAUACGUUGAUCUAUCGCGCCAUGGUGAUUUGAUCUGAUGAACUAGGUUUGAACCAAUUAUCUGAAUUGAGUAGCCUCCGAAGACAAGUCCCUGUUGGCGUGACUGGAUUUCUUUCCUCUGAUGGAACUGCAGCAUUUCUGAUUGCAGUUGUUAGCUACAUGAAAUUUACUUUAUUUUAUGCAGUAAUUAAAGUAAGAUAGUAGCAACCUUAUGUCAUGUGCUAGUUAAUCCCCUAGGUGUAGAAUCCGAAUAAAGUUAUGCUCAAAUGUAUGUUGCUUGUGAAGAUAGCGCUACAUGAAGCUCUUACUUUUUUUGUGCCAUCGCUCUGCCCUGGGAUGGUUUUGGGGCUUUGCUCUGCUGUUACACUAACAGCUGUUGCAAGGUGGUCUCGAUUGCAGCUGGUUGACCCAAUAAUUUUACAGUACACAUUUCCUUGUCUUCAUUAGAGGCACGGAUUGCCACAA